AGCACACAGACAGACAAAUAACGUGACAGACGUCAGAGUCAGUAGAUGUAGAGCUGGUAUUAUAUCUCUGUUGCCAGAGCGGAUAAGAGUAGAGAAGAGACGAGAGCUGGGAGUUGUAAGUUGGGUGGUUAGGUAGCGUCGCGACGCCUAAGGGGCUAACGAAACCUCGGGAGCAGAAGCCACGCCCCAGCAGUAGACUGGCGCCCAACCGGCAGCUCGAACUCUUGAAACAGGAGGAGCUCUGGCUCGGAAUCAGCCAAGGCAACUUAUCCUACCUCAGGUUCUACUGCUUACUGAAACCUCAGUAACGUCUAGAAGCUCGAACAGUGAGGUCUUGUCUUAUAAUUUUAUUUAAAUAUUUCAAUUCAUUGUCAAAUUAUUUUGAAGUGGCUAAAAAAACUGAUAAGCGAUUCAAUAAAUCAAUCGAUUGCGUGAAGUGAUAUCAUAUAUAUACUAUAUAUUUAUUUAAUCAGUGAAUUAAAAUGAUGGAAACUGAUAAGAUGGAGCCUUUGACGCCUCCACAUACGCCACCGUCACUUAAUCCGGGAUUGGGACGAUGGAUUGGCUCGAGAAUGGGACACAUGCAUCCGGGCGCCCAUUUGCCAGGAUUCCAUGCCGCAUUUUUGGACCACUGGGUACGCGGGGCUGCAUUGAUCGCAGCUCGCGGGUACCCCCAUGGACACCCGACACACCCAGGUCACCCUGGGCACCCGGGGCAUCAGAUCCACACGGGCCAGCCUGGGCUUCCGAUUCCCCCGGCCUCGUUCCUCACACGGCGACUGCCUGGUCAGCGCCCGAAAAAACAAUUCAUUUGUAAAUUUUGCAAUAGACAAUUCACUAAAAGUUAUAAUUUACUUAUACACGAGAGAACUCACACGGAUGAGAGACCGUAUUCUUGUGAUAUUUGUGGAAAGGCUUUUAGAAGACAGGAUCAUCUAAGAGAUCAUCGAUACAUCCAUAGUAAAGAAAAACCAUUCAAAUGUAACGAAUGCGGAAAAGGAUUCUGCCAGAGCCGAACCCUAGCAGUCCACAAAAUUCUCCACAUGGAAGAGUCGCCGCACAAGUGUCCAGUCUGCUCGCGCACUUUCAACCAGCGCAGCAACCUCAAGACCCACUUACUCACCCACUCAGAAGUUCCCCAGGAUUUGAGGAUCGACACCCAGUCCACCCAAUCUCCUUUGCCCUCAAGGACCGACGCGAUCCUCAAGAAGCCCACGAAACUCGGGUUCAGCAUCGAAGACAUCAUGAGACGUUGAAGUCUUUAGCUUUUAGUUGACCUAGACUUUUAAAUCCAGAGCCUGGAUCCUGGAUCCUGGACCUGGACGUACUUUUAGAUUUUGUAUUUUUUCUGUAAAUAACCAAAGUGUCCAGGACUAAAAAGACUAAAAGUUGACCACCCAGUAGGCCAGUGGUCGCUAGCUCGGUCAUUACUUAUCCGAGGAAACCUUUUAGUUGAUAAAAUUAACUGCGUUACCACUUAUUCAGAGUAGAGUAGAGUAGAGUCCAAGUGGAGUCGAGUCGAGGUGUAGAGGUUUAGAGCUAUAAGGUGUAAAUACGAUAACGAUAGCUGUUUAAAUCGAUGUUUUUAUGUUUAUGGGUGAGUUAAGUUAAUUGUGCGUAGGAGGUUUAUGUAUAAAGAUUCGUCUACAGAUUUAAAUAACGUCUUUCUUAUCAGUAAAUUAAUAUAAAUUAUUUAAAGACUAAAUAAAAAAAAACUUAGUACCUUUUUGUCGUUACCAACUUUUAUUAAAUUAAGUAUUAAAAAAAAAAAAAAAAAAAAAAAAAUGAAAAAAAAUUUUUUUUGAAAAUUUAAUUAAUUUAUUAAAAGGAAUUUUUUUGUUUUUAUUAUUUAACUUUUUUAAAAAAAUUUUUACGAUCGACAUUGAAUUUUUUACUUAAAAUUUUUUUUUUAUAUGAAUCGGAAUCGAAAUUUGGAAAAAUUAUUUUUUGAAAAUUUAAUUAAUUAAUUGAGAAAUUUUUUUUUUGAAUGGAGUAAAAAUUUUAAAUUUUAAAUUUCAG